UACAACGUACUCCUUGGACAGCGGUACCGUGGCAACGACUUCAGGUAGAUAUCUUUGGAGAAAUUCAAAUAGCAAUGGCUCACCAGCGAUACGCUAUUGUAGUUCAUGAUCUGGGAUCAAAGUGGCCAGAAGUAAGACUGUGCUCACAAGUGCGGACGCAAGAGGUUGUGCAGUCUUUGGAAGACCUUAUUGUUAGGUGGGGGUUUCCUGAGUCGAUAACAACGGACAAUGGACCUCAGUUCCGGUCGUAUGAGUUUCAGCAGUGGUUACGAGAACGGGGUAUUCGCCAUAUUCUCACACCACUGUAUCAUCCAAAAGCAAAUGGAAGAGUCGAAAGAUUCAAUCAAGUGCUUAAACAAGGCCUGAAGACAGGGUUGUUGGAAGGACGUUCAGUGGAGAGUUCAGUGCAAAGCACAUUGUUUAAUUACCGGUCUACGGCGCAUUCACUUACGAGGAAAUCUCCAGCAGAAGUUAUGUUGGGCCGAAAGCUUCGGCAGCCCUUAUCCCAGAUGAUUCCUAGGCAAGAUAAGAAGGGAUCACUUCAGCUGAAGAAUGCGGACGAAGUCGUGGCAAGGAAACAGGCAGCGAUGAAGGCAUAUGUAGAUCAUAAAAGGAGAGCUAGAGCUUCGUCCUUUUCUCCCGGAAGUUGGGUAAGAGUAAAGCGUCCGCUAAGAGGCCAUAAGUUGAAGUCGCAAUUGUCCGAUCCAGUAGAAGUCUGGUCAAGGGUAGGGAAGGACACUUACCUGCUACAAGAUGGACGUCUGUGGCAUGCUGACCAAUUAAUUGCUGUGGCGAAGCCAGCUGGUGUUGCAAAUACAGCUGCAGUACUCAGCUGGACUGAUGGGGAAGAGGAGAUCUCAGAAGACAUGACAGGAAAUCAACACGAUGGGAGAAAUGUCGAAGUCGAAGGAGAGGCAGCAAGUGAUGCAGGCACUGCCCAUGAUCAUGAAAAUGAGACAGAAACAACAAGGCCAAAACGAGUGAGGACAAGGCCCAAACGCUUCGAAGAUUUUGAGGUGGAAUAUGCAACUCGAUUAGAAGGGGGAGAAAAUGUUGUGUCACAGUGUUUGUAGAUGCUUGCUAGCAUACGGGAACUGGGGUUUUGCGGUAGAUAAAGGAUGACUGAACCGGUGUUUGAGUCAGUGUUAGAGUAGCGGCCGUUAACGUGUGUUGAAUAGUACAUUGAGUGAAUACACGA